ACAGGCAUUCAAAGUGAUACAUACAUAUAUGUAUAUUGUAUUGUAUUCUCUCUCUCAAUAUCUCACCCCUCACCCCAAUCAACACAUCAACUUGCAACUUCUUCAUCUCUACAACUACAGAGCUAGAAGCCCAAUUCCAAUUUGCAAGAACCAAAUCCCAACCCUGUCUGCCACGUCUGAUUUCUCUAUCUUCUUCGCUUCUUCUACACCCGCCCCCCACUCCCCCUAUAAAUUCUUGAACCCCUCCCCCAAUCUCACAUCACUUAUCAUCAUCUUUCCAAAAAUUUCCCAUUUUUAACCCAAACCCAAUACCAAAAGGAGCUUAGUUAUUCCUUCUCUCCAUAAUAAUGGAUGAUGAUCUAGAAGAGUUCACUGAGCUCAUACCCGGUUUGCCAGAAGAACUCGCUCUCGAAUGCCUCUCUCGACUCCACUACUCCGCCCACCGAUUAUCUUCCCGCGUCUGCAAACGCUGGCGCCAUCUUCUCCUAAGUAACGACUUCUACUACCACCGAAAGCAAUCCGGGUUUACCCACAAAGCCGCAUGCUUGGUUCAGGCGCUUCCCGCCCACUCCCACAACAAACCAGUGGGUCAACCCAGGUACGGGAUUUCUUUAUUUGACCCGGUGACUAUGAGCUGGGACCGACUCCCCCCGGUUCCCAAAUACCCAGAUGGUUUGCCCUUGUUCUGUCAAGUGGUGAGCACGGAAGGGAAGCUUAUACUAAUGGGUGGGUGGGAUCCAUCGAGUUGGGAUCCGGUGAGGGACGUUUUCGUUUACGAGUUCACGACUCAGAAGUGGACUCAGUGUGCUGAUAUGCCUUCGACUCGGUCCUUUUUCGCGGUGGGGGCAGUUGAAGGCAAAGUUUUAGUGGCUGGGGGGCACGACGAGAGCAAAAACGCGUUGAACUCGGCGUGGGUUUUGGACAUCAAGAAGAAGGAGUGGUGUGAGUUGGGGAGGAUGAGGGAGGAGCGAGACGAGUGCGAGGGUGUGAUUAUAGGGUCGGAGUUCUGGGUGGUGAGUGGGUACGGGACGGAGACGCAAGGCGUGUUCAAGAGCAGCGCGGAGGUGUAUGGAAUGGGGAGGGGUGAGUGGAGGGUGGAGGAGGAGGCGUGGGGGGUGAGUCGAUGCCCGAGGUCAUGCGUGGGGGUGGAGAAGGGUAAAAAGGGGAAUGCAUUGAUAUGCUGGGGGGAUGUAGAGUCGGGGGUACAAGUGGGGGCUUGCGCGGUGGAAGUUGGGGAGAGGACGGUGGUGACGGGGUCAGCGUACCAGGGUGCACCACAUGGCUUCUAUGUGAAUGUGAACGGGAAUGGGAAUGGGAAUGGAAAGGGAGGGCAAAAUGGUAAACUGGUGAAGGUAAAUGUGGAUGUGGAAUACAGUGGAAUAGUGCAAGGUGGGUGCUGCGUGGAAAUUUGAUCAAUGUACGCCCGCCGGCCCUCACAACCUCCUUUACUGUAAAUUUUAGUUUACUCACUAUUCCACCCCCUGAGGGAAUGUCAUAUAUAUAUAUAUGUAUGUAGAUGUGCAAUGUAAUAUGGGGUGGGGGGUGCCCCCAACCAACUUUUAGUAUUAUUAAUGAAAAUGAAAUGCAGAAGAGUUUUGUAAUGU